AUGACUGCUUUACAGUAUCUCUCUGAAAGACUUACACUACUGCUAUCGUUAAAUUUUCUAACUGACGUAAAUUCGUUAUUUUGUAAAAGUUGGCGAAGGAAUUGCGAUGAUAAGGACAUCCUCACUAAAUGCGUCUGUUCUGGAACGGACAAUAGUCGAACAGAACUGCAGGAUAAGAAUCGGAUAAAUCAGCUAAUAAGACAAUACCAGAAUUGUACCCGAGUUUACGGAAACCUAGAGCUAACUUAUAUACGACAUGAAGAUCUGAACGGAACUGAUCCGGAGCGAUUUUUCAGCUUUUUAGACCAUAUCCAACAGAUCACCGGUUACUUGCUAAUCUAUUCGAAUGAUUUCAAUCAAAUAACGUUGCGAAAUUUGGAAAUAAUUUGGGGUGAUACGCGACAUGAUGAAAUAGCAGCAAUAGACAUAAGUUACAACGAUAAUUUGAAAUAUGUCAACCUGCCAAAGUUGAGAAGUGUUGAACGUGGUAAUAUAGUGUUGAUGCACAAUCCAUAUUUAUGCAAUUGGAACACUACCGUGUCCUACAAUGAAAUUAUUGGUAAAGCCAGUAAAUUACGAAUCCAAUUUACGAAUAAUUUCGGAAAAUGUGAUCAGGCGCAAAGCAAAUGUGCAGAAAAAUGUGGCAAAUAUUGUUGGGGACCGACCACAGAUAUGUGUCAAACAGUGUAUCGUGAAAUAUGCCCAAAAGACUGUCCAUCACAAAUGUGUUAUCAAGGUGACAACAGAACACAUUGCUGUGACGAGGCAUGCGCAGCGGGUUGUUUUGGUGAAGGCAAAAGCGCUUGCAUAGCUUGUGCUAAGUUAGAGCAGGAUUCGAAAUGUGUGGACAAGUGUAAUGGAUUGACAGACUAUGAUCGAAAGUUGAAAAUGACUGUGAAUCAUUCUAAUCCACGAUACACCUAUGAUCGUUAUUGUGUGGAGCGAUGUCCAGGUGAGACGCUUAUUCAAGGAGAAUAUUGUGUUGUACACUGUACGGAAGGCUAUUGGCAUGAUCCAGUUAAAAAUACUCGAGUUUGUGAGAAAUGUCCUGAUGGAAUAUGCCCAAAAACCUGCUAUAUGGACGAGCCAAUAGAUUCGAGCAAUAUUGGAAGUUUAGCAAACUGUACAGUUAUCGAAGGUUUCAUCCAGAUUUUGCGCCACACAUUCAAUUCUCAUCGAAAAUUUUUUACCGAUGGAAGACCACCAAUCUAUAUACCAGGGUUAACAGUGGAAAUGUUGGAAGUCCUGAAAAAUGUGAAAGUUAUUACAGAAUUUGUUGAAAUCCAAACUGUUGAUUCUUCUCCUCCAUCAUUGAGCUUCCUUGGCAAUCUUUCAACUAUUGAAGGACGGAAACUUUCUAAUCAACGAUAUGCGUUAUUAAUCACCAGCAACCAAAAUUUAUUCGAACUUGGAUUACGGUCAUUAAGAGAGAUAAGGAAUGGAUAUGUUUACAUUGGAAGAAAUGAGAAACUUUGUUACGUAGAUUCGUUGAAAGAGCACUGGAAAAAAAUCUUGCAAACGAAUGAUACUUCUCGUCUGAUAUUAACAGACAAAAACGAUGUCUAUUGCACUAAAAAUAGAAAGUUCUGUCAUCACACCUGUAAUAAGAUUUAUGGAUGCUGGGGUGAAGGACCAAAGAUGUGUAUAAAAUGCAUUGGUUACAGUGUGGACGGCAAGUGCUCCGCUACCUGUCCUCCCGAAAGGUAUUAUAUCAAGGACAAAAACUGUCAUAAAUGUCACCCACAGUGUAAAAGUUGUAAUGGACCAACAGCACGAGAUUGCAUUGCAUGCAUGAACGUUCGAAUGCAGCAGAGAAAUAAAUGGGAGUGUAUAUCGGAAUGUCCGAAGACACAUUAUGUCGAUGGCAACACUUGUUUGCCAUGCAAUGUAGCAUGCUAUAAUUUUGGUUGUACCGGUCCAAGCAGUAUGUUAGCUAAAGGUGGUUGCAACAAAUGCAAGCAUGCAAAGCGCUCUGAUAGUGGCAAACAACCGUUAUGCUUGUAUGCUACAGGUAAACCGAAGGAUGUUUGUCGUGACAAUAACUUAACUCGCUACUAUGCUACUGCAUCAUCUAAUGAAAUGCUUGUUGCUGAAUUCGAAUGUGAUGAAUGUAGUGAAGAGUGUUUGAGUUGCUCUGGUUACGGUACAUCUGUAAAGCGACAUAAAUGUACAUGUGCGCAUUAUUUAACGAAAACGGUUUCAAAUAACGACUAUUGCACAAUAAAGUGCAAAAUGGAUUCAUUUAUGGUGCGCCCCAGAUCAGGUAGUACUAUCGGUGAAUGUGAACGAUGUGAUGAACUGUGUGACCUUUCAAUGGGUUGCACAGGGCGUAGUUCUACAAACUGUACACGAUGUGCCAAAGCUGGCAUUUCAAAAGGCGAUAAAUUGACUUGCUUGGAACGAUGUCCAGAUGAUCAUCCAUUUAUUGCAGAAGACAAAAUUUGUCAUGUUACAGACCCAACAGCUUACGCUUUAAAAAAGAGAAUAUAUAUAAUCAUUAUCAGUGUAUUGUGUGCUGCUGUUCUUAUUGCUUUUAUAGCGGGUAUCACAAUAAACUGUGUAAAAUACAAAAAACGAUAUCAAAGGGAACUUGAAAUGAACUUGCCCAGCAUUCCGGAAUACGAACAAACGGACCCGUCCAUGAGACCAAAUAUGACACGUCUUUGUAUUAUCACCAGUGAAAAUCUUGAAAAAACGCAGCAAUCCCUUGGACAAGGCGCAUUUGGAACUGUUUUCUUGGGCUAUUGGUGGCCGAAAGGUAAGGAUGAAGGUGAAAAAUUGGCAGUAGCAAUUAAAGUAGUUCACGAUGGUAGUGGCACAGCACAUCAGGAGAUGUUGCAAGAGGCAGGUAUCAUGGCUUGUAUGCGACAUGAACAUUUGCUUCGAUUGGUUGGUGUAUGUCUCAGCGAUGGCAUGCAAAUUGUGACUCCGAUGCGACCGCUUGGGAGUUUGAAAAACUACCUUAAAAAAUAUCGACAAAAACUUGGUGCAAGAGAUUUGUUACUAUACUGUUACCAAAUUGCUUCGGCAAUGGAAUACCUUUAUAAAAACCGUUUAGUACAUCGAGAUUUGGCUGCGCGAAAUGUAUUAGUGAAGAGAACCAAUCAUGUUGAAGUAACCGAUUUUGGGCUUGCCAGAUUGUUGGAAAAAGGAAAAAGUGAAGUCAUCGUUGCUGGAAAAGUUGCCGUGAAAUGGUUAGCACUAGAAAGUCUCGAGAAACAGAUUUACAACCACUAUACCGAUGUUUGGGCUUUCGGUGUUACUUGUUGGGAAGUGUUAACAUUUGGACAAACACCGUUCCAAAGCGUACCGCCCGAUCAAAUACGCCAACAUUUGGCAACUGGAAAUCGUUUGGAACAGCCAAAUAACUGUGCCCAGGAAGUGUAUCAGACAUUUCUGCAAUGUUGGUUACAAAAUCCUGAAUCGAGACCAAGUUUUGUUAUCCUUAAAGAGAAAUUCAAACAGUAUUGCAAAGCACCUCAUCUUUAUGUCCUGGAUCGUUAUUACAAACAGCACUUGGAAUCUGCACUAUUUGAAAAUCAGCGUGAGCUCUUUAAUGGACUAAUCGAUAACGAAGAACUUUCCGAUCAGUUUAAAUUUUCUGGGAGCACAACAGCUACAUCCACUUCAGUUCCGCCGUCACCGAUGACGCCUUCUUGGGUGGCAUUUCAACAGGAUUCUCUUAACAUACAGCAGGACAAGCGAUUGGGAAGCACUGAUUCCGGACGUUAUCAAAGUGAUCCUGUACAUGACGGACAUACAAAAUUAAGUAUGGAUGAGGGAAAUUAUUUGAUACCAAACAACAAGCAAUUAAUCUUGUAUACACCAGUUGUUGUUCGAGAAAAUGGAGAAACAGAGAUAAUGAAAAGUUCGGAAUAUUAUAACGAUAAAGUGGGCACCGAUUAUUACAAUCAAUUAAAGUCUAUAUCGAUGGAAAUCGAAAAAGAGGCAAAAUCGAUCAAAAUAACAACGUAUCAAAAUGAUUAUUAUUUUGCUGAAAAUGAGACAUCAUUGUAA